CUCGUUCUCUGACGCCAACAUCGCCUCGUCUCUCUCUCUACAAAUCUGUCCAAGAAGAGAGGAGAAAAGUACACAGCUUCUAACCCUAGAUCUACCUAUUCCGGUCUCCCAACUCUUCCGUUCAAUCUUCUUGUUUUUGUUUCUAAACAAUCUCUGAUCUCAAGAUGGUGUCCGACGCGAGCAAGAAGAAGGCGGCACAGAAGAAGGCGGCAGCUGCCGUGAAAAGAGGAGGGAAGGCCGCGGCGGCUGCGACGUCAUCGAAGGCGGCGACGUCCGCUAAUGCGCAAAACGGCAGCGUUGAUAAUUUGGCGAACGGAGUGGAGUCUCUUUUGCUAUCCGAUCGGACUUGUACCGGUGUAUUGUGUUCACAUCCUCUCUCUCGGGACAUUCGGAUAGAGUCUCUGUCACUUACUUUCCAUGGACAUGAUCUUAUUGUUGACUCUGAACUGGAACUUAACUUUGGCAGACGUUAUGGUUUGCUUGGAUUGAAUGGCUGUGGGAAAUCUACUCUUCUUGCUGCAAUAGGGGCUCGAGAGCUUCCCAUUCCAGAUCACAUGGAUAUCUAUCACCUAAGCAGGGAGAUUGAAGCUUCUGACAUGUCUUCACUUGAGGCUGUCAUAAACUGUGAUGAGGAGAGGUUAAAAUUGGAGAAAGAAGCUGAAGCCUUGGCCUCACAGGAUGAUGGUGGUGGAGAAACUCUAGAACGCAUUUACGAGCGUUUGGAAUCCUUAGAUGUAGCAACUGCAGAAAAGCGUGCUGCUGAGAUCUUAUAUGGUCUUGGUUUUAACAAGAAGAUGCAAGAAAAGAAGACACGGGAUUUCUCCGGUGGCUGGAGGAUGAGAAUUGCUUUAGCACGGGCUCUGUUCAUGAACCCAACCAUCCUGUUACUUGAUGAACCCACAAAUCAUCUUGAUUUAGAAGCUUGUGUCUGGCUGGAGGAAACAUUGAAGAAAUUUGAUCGUAUCCUUGUGGUGGUUUCACACUCUCAGGACUUCCUGAAUGGCGUAUGCACUAACAUCAUCCACAUGCAAAAUCGGUUGUUGAAGAUUUACACUGGUAAUUAUGACCAAUAUGUUCAAACCCGUACUGAACUUGAAGAGAAUCAGAUGAAGCAGUACAAAUGGGAGCAGGAGCAGAUUGCUUCAAUGAAGGAAUAUAUUGCCCGAUUUGGACAUGGAUCAGCCAAACUAGCUCGUCAGGCGCAGAGCAAAGAGAAAACUCUUGCAAAAAUGGAGCGUGGUGGACUUACAGAGAAGGUGGCGAGGGAUAAGAUUUUAGUUUUCCGUUUCACUGAUGUUGGGAAGCUUCCCCCACCUGUGUUACAGUUUGUGGAAGUGUCAUUCGGCUAUACACCUGACAAUCUCAUCUACAAGAACCUUGACUUUGGGGUUGACUGUGACUCCAGAGUAGCACUUGUGGGACCCAAUGGAGCAGGAAAGAGUACGCUGCUGAAGCUGAUGACAGGGGAUGUGUUUCCCCUUGAUGGCAUGGUGCGGCGGCACAACCACCUGAAGAUUGCACAGUUCCAUCAGCACUUGGCUGAGAAACUUGAUUUGGAUAUGCCUGCCCUCCAGUUCAUGAUGAAAGAGUACCCUGGAAAUGAGGAAGAGAAGAUGAGGGCAGCAAUAGGGAAAUUUGGGCUUUCUGGCAAAGCUCAAGUGAUGCCUAUGAAGAACCUGUCUGAUGGGCAAAAGAGCCGGGUGAUUUUUGCGUGGUUAGCAUGGAAGCAGCCCCACAUGUUGCUGUUGGAUGAGCCGACUAACCAUCUGGAUAUUGAGACUAUUGACUCGCUGGCUGAGGCAUUGAAUGAGUGGGAUGGCGGCCUAGUUCUUGUUAGCCAUGAUUUUAGGCUUAUAAACCAAGUGGCCCAUGAGAUAUGGGUGUGUGAAAAUCAAGCUGUGACCCGGUGGGAGGGUGAUAUUAUGGACUUUAAGAUGCACUUGAGGGGCAAGGCUGGCCUAUCGGAUUGA